AUGAAUCAUUUACUAGUAAAUAAUAGCGUAUCGAUAGAGUCUAUGGAAGUCAUGACAUUGUGCAUUGAUCGUUCGAAUGGCCUCCAUAACUCAUCCGGAUGCUGUUGUUGUCUUUCACCACCAUCCUCUUGCCCAAAAUUCGCCAUUGCUUUUCCAUCCUCCAAUCAUACACAAAUAUUUAUCAAGACACUCUCUGGUAAGACCAUGACAUUACUGGUUGAUCUGAAGAAGGACACUGUUUUGUCUGUCAAGGAGAAGAUUUAUACAAAGGCAUUCAUUCCAGCCUCUCAACAACGACUGAUUCACAGACAAGUCCAACUUGAAGAUCAUCGAAAGCUUUCAGAAUAUCCAACCAUUGGAAAAGAUUCAACACUGCAUUUGGUACUUCGACUCGUUGCAGGUGUGAAUAGCAAGCAAACAUCAAGGUCAUCGACACGCUCUACGAAAAAGUUGACAACGACAAUCAAACAAGAAGAUUCAGAGAAUAGUGUUUCCACGACACCAGGUGUUCCUUCAUCUUCCUCUCUUCAAGAAGAAUCAUCCUCCCUUACCACAGUCUCUUCCUCAUCAUCAUCAACAACAUCAUCAUCAACACUCCAUCCACUUGACUCCAUUCCAAAACCUGAUACAGCAUCCUCAACAACGAACAACAUGAUGGAAGCCAUCAACACCCAUCAACAAGAAGAGAAUCCAUCUGACAUUGCACAAUCAAGAAAAUCUCGAUCCAAGAACACAAAUUUAAGAAGAUUAAAUAAUAAGAAACAACCAACCCACUCAUCCAACGUCGAGACUGCACACGCUGCUUGUGACUCUGGACGGCCAUGCAAGAGAUGUAUUCAAUUGGGCAAAGCAGAUAGUUGUCGUGAUGCUGAAAGAAAGCGAACCAAGAAGAGAACUUUGAAUGAAUAUGAAAAUGCAACUGGGUUUUUCCCUUCCUUGGAUUCUUUCAUUCCACUCUUGAGCUCUUUGCAAUCCCUUCCAUUACCUGAAUCCACUCCAAAGCAUAAUCCAGAUGAAACCUCAAAUUACUCAUCUGAAGCAAAAGCUUCUCCAGAACAAGCUGGUAGCAUUUCAGCAAAUAAUAAGGAUGAAUUUGCACCCAAGUUGACAACAAGAAUCAAGAAAGAGAAGGGAGGACGAAAAGAUAAAAAGAAGGGAGCAGCAAGUUCAAAUAAUCUUGUCACUACCACAACAACGACCACUUUAAUGAGCGGAAGCACCACUGACCUUUCUAUCGAUAUUGACAUGAAUGAGUCUCAUCAAACCAAUGCACUUGCAGAAAUUUUCACUCAUGACACUGCUCAUUCCACCUUUUUAGAUAUGGAAAGCUCUCCAACGAUUGAAAAUGACAACAACUUUUUCAAUGAUGUCGAUGGUGAAGAUUCAAAGAGAGACAUUUCUGAAGCAUUGAAUAAUGUGGUACUUUCUUCCCCAGAGCCUUUACUUGGCAAUCAACAAAUGACUGCUGGCUCAAGUGAGGACAACUCAUCUCAUCUCGCCCUCUUGGAAACAUUUGGCAAUAAUCUUCCAUUUGAUUUAUCAGAAGCAAUUUCACAAAGCAACAAUAAUGAAAUUGUGAAAAUGCUCUUGUAUGAAUAUUUAAGACAAUCACAAGAACUUCGUGAGCUUAAAAAACUGGUCACCUCACUUCAAUAUACCCUGAUUAGUUUGAGUCCUCAUCAAUAUGCAACAAGUCCAUCCAAUAAUAAUUUGAAUGAUCAUUUAUCAGGUAAUACCAUGUAA